AUUAUUAUAUCAUGCGCGCAUCUAUGAAGAAUCGUGAUCACGUUCCGACAUCGUCGUUUCGCGAGAUGUUGUAAUUAAGUACGAUCCUGUAUUUAUAGAUACGUUUAUAUGCGAUCGCGAGGCUAAAUUUCCUUGUGACACGAAUCAACGACGGAAACGACCCCGUUUUUCAAGAAUCUCUCACGAGCUGGAGCUGUAAUUGAUUUUCAUUAACGUUUACGAUUAUUCGACAUUUUUUGAACUCUUGAUUCCGUUCAGCUCUCGACGACGACGACGACGACGACGCGUCACUCUAGAAGCGCAGGAUGCACCAUCGCUGGUGCUAAUCGGUAAAAAGGCCGCAUCUUGGGUCGAUGAGAAAUAAAUAAUCGAGCAAAAUCAGAAUUAUGCAGAACGACGAUGAGAGCAAGACGCACGACGCUAUCGUCCACGAGAACAGCGACGACGAGGAUCGGAGUUGCGAUACCGAGAAACCCGCCGAGGAUUGCGACGACGAGGCUUCCAAUUGCAGCAUCGACAAAUCCACCCAGGACGAGGACGGACCGAGUCGCGGUACCAAGAAGUCCACCUCCAGCAGCAGCGAUGAGAACUCCGGCACCAAGAAACAUAUUGUGAACGAUGACAGCUUGUGGUCUGUGUAUGGCGCGUCUACUUCGCGCGAGAAGCUGGUCUCUCCGGAGGAUGAUUAUGGCUGCGAGCAUUAUAAGCGAAAGUCCAAGUUUGUGACUCCUUGCUGCAAUAAAGUAUACACAUGCCGGUUUUGUCACGAUGAGCAGGAGGCACACACAGUGAAUAGAAAAGAAGUCACAGAAUUAAUAUGUGUUCUCUGUGAUACUCGUCAACCUGUUCAAGCCACUUGUCAAAAUUGCCACUGUCAAUUUGGAAAAUAUACAUGCCUCGAAUGUAAUCUUUUUGAUGACGAGGAUAAAAAUCAAUACCAUUGUGAUGGUUGUGGUAUAUGUAGAGUCGGUGGCCGUGACAAGUUCUUCCACUGUGCAAAGUGCAACAUGUGUUUGCCAGUUCAAUUACAAAACGGACAUACGUGCAUAGAGAAUGUCUCACAUUCCAAUUGUCCUGUGUGCCUCGAAGAUAUUCAUACGAGUCGCACGCCAUGUCACAUUCCUGGUUGCGGACACUUGCUACAUCGUACAUGUUUCAAGGAAUUGUUACAGUCGGGACACUAUGCUUGCCCGACAUGUCAAGUGUCGCUUUUAGACAUGACAGAUUUAUGGAAAUAUUUAGAUGCAGAAGUAUCGCUGACACCAAUGCCGGAGGAAUACAAAGAUUAUAAAGCCGAUAUUUUAUGCAAAGAUUGCCACGAGGAAUCAACAGUAAAGUUUCAUAUUGUUGGGUUGAAGUGCUUAAACUGUGGUAGUUAUAAUACUUGCAGAAUAAAAGGCUCACCUUCUCCAGAUCCAGAUGUCCUAUCAGAAGCAGCAGCUGGUGGCAGUAGUAAAGAAGAGAAGGAGCAAUCGUAAGGAUAAAAAUCGGACUAUCCGAAAUUAUCCAUCGAUUACGGAAGAUGUAUGUCAUCUUUUUGAUGAUGAAUGAAUUGAUAGAUCAAUUUUAUUUUUGACAUUUUGUAGUAAAUUGUGCUUUUGUUGCCUUUAUAGUACCUUUUUGUUGCCUUUAUAGUGCCUUUUUGAUCGAGAAUUAUUUAGCUAAUUGCACGUUAGUACAUAAAAAUAAAAUAUUAAAUGACCAGAUACAUCAAAAAUAUAUAACUGUUUUCGGUGAUUAUUUGUUACACAUUGUAAUGCAAUUUUUUUUAGAUCCAUUAGAUCAUUUUCUUAACAUAAAUCUUAACAGAAAUAAUGUGUAAAUUUCUUGUUUUUAUCUCGUUUAUUACAUUAUAAAUUAGAGACAGUAAUUAAAUGAAGUGAUCAACGUGAGAAUAUUUCAUAGACAUUCCUUUUCACAUAUAUACACUUGGGGACAGGAAUGCCUUAAUAUGUGACUUUAGAUGGCGGAGUAUGUAUAAAGAAAAUCCAAUGUUCCGAGAUGUAUAUAAAUUUAUGUUAAGGCAUUUUUAUUUUUGUGUGUACAUCAUAUUUACGUUGAGGAACUUGAUUGUUAUUUGUUUUUGAUGAUUUUAUCCUACAUACAGUGUUUCAGAGUUGGUACACUACUUAUUAAUAACAAAUUCUUGAAGACAUUUGGAAAUAAAAAUUCUAAUACUAAAAUAGUUUUAAAUACCUAAUAAAAGUUCUAAAUGGAAAGCAUUAAAGCUAGCCCAAGAUUGCUCAAAGUUAGUGCUUUUAAAUGCUCAGAUCAAUUUUCGAAUAUUAACAAUUUUGCAUGAUGUCAAGAAUUUGCCAUUAGAAGAUAGUGUAUUAAUUCUUCUGGAACAAUUAUUCUAAAUUUACUGUGCAAUAUAUAUUAUUAUGUGAUAAUAUUUCAAACGUAUAUAUAAUGUUUGAUGAAUUUGGAAUCGAUUUUUUUUCCUAACGAUAUAAUAUGCUAAUAUAUCUCAUUUUGUUGUAUUUUUUCAAUUUCUGUUAUUAACUAUCAUGAUGAUUAAAAUUUUAUAAAGAUCUUGCGCAUUUUCUUUGCAAAUAAUUUGUUUAAUUGCCGCCAAUUUUUGACAAAAAAUUGAAUUCCAAAUUGCUCAACAGAUUCAUAGAUAAAAGUUUUGUGUGGUACAUCUUUGGAUAUACUGAUAUAUGUAUGAUUAUGCAUAUUUCCUGUGUCUAGCUAGAUUUGCCUCCUAAAAUGGCAACUGCAUUGGUAGCUGAUUUACUAAUCAUCUAGAAAUAUAAUUAAAAAUUUGUGUAUGUAUGUAUGUGUGUGUGUGUGUGUGUGUGUGUGUGUGUGUGUGUGUGUGUGUGUGUAUUGUAUGUAUGUGCAUGUGAUUGUCCUAAUGGAGAAAGUAAUAUGAGAUAAUUCAAAAUUCCUUAUAUUAUUAGGCAAUGCAAUACAGUGUCAUCUUGAGAAAAAUUAUCUACUUUGAAUAUAUAGUCUUAUAUAAAUGUUCACAUUUUAUCAAUAUAAAUGUGCAUAUUGUUGAAACAUAUUUUUUUCACAAAUACCGAUCGUGUCAUUAAUAGUAACAUAUAUUAUAUAGCAUUCUUGCCGUAUUAAGCUAUGUAAAUUGAUGGCCUAAUUAUUAUUGCACAUUUUGUCAUACUGUGAAACAAAAAUAGGAUUUGAUAAAUUUCUGUUUAUAAGAACUUUUGCUUUUUAUGGAUAUAUUUUUUUAUUUUGGAAAAAAGAUCUCACUUUAGUCAUAAUCUAGUCGCGAAAGAUUGAGCGUAUCGUUGCUCUUAUAACAAUUUUUCUCCUAAGUGUGAAUGUUUUACACAAGAACACAAAUGAAUUUGCACGAGUGACACAUGCUGAUUCAACAAUGAAAUAUCAAUGUGAAAAUGAUUAGAAAAAUAUUUUACGUUGAUUAAAAUAUUCUAUAUGUACCCCAGGCAUUUCAAGAUAAUGCAUAUUUUGAAUUUGCAUUUCUCCCAAGAGGCAUUCUUCUAGCGAUUAAUAUUCACUUAUUAAUAUAAAUCCCUAUGUAAUCUGUUUUAGUGUAAUAUUGUACGUAUAUAUACAAUAACUAUAGAUGAAAUACUCGAUAGUCAUGGCAAAUAAUCGUGAUUCUUGCUAUCUUAUCACAUUUGAUACAAAAUUAAUAUUUUCUAGUUACCGAAUAAUAGCCUUCGUAUGUGCUUGAAGAGAAACGACUGGCUAAAGACAACUCGGUAACUUUUCCUUAAAGCUUUCACAGUUUUGUGGGAUUACUAAUGACACAUAUGUAAUUUGAGAUUUUCGUUUCUAAUUGAAAAGCAAAUCAAUACUGUGAAGGUUCUAUAUAUCAUUCCAUAACAUUCCAAAUAAAACAGCUCAUUAAUUUUGAUUAGAAAAUUUCAGUGAAUAUUUAUACUUUAAAAACUACAAAAUUGGGUAGCUGGAAAAAUCUUCGAGAUAUUCUAGUAUGGUUCAUUUUUAUAACAUAUACAAGAAGUAUAUUUAUGGAAACAAAUUUAUUUAUGUUAAAUGUUUAUUAACGGAUUAUGUUAAAUGCAUGACUUGCAUAUUAUGUCCAAUUAUCUGCAUUGAAAAACUUCGUGACACAGAACGAUAAAUUCGUUGUGAUUAUAUCAUAUUUUUUAUUAUAUUCAUUUGUAAAUUAAAUACUAGUUACAAAUGGCUCUUUGUACAUAACGGCCGCAACAACGCUUUUGUUUUAUAUUAUGUAUAAUAUACACUAUAUCAAAUAAAUUGGUUAUAAUUCUAUUCUACUAAUCUUUUCCCAUAAUAAAGAAGAUGACAAGAAUUCAAUAUUUUCACGUAGCAAAUGUAUAUUACAGAUAAGAUAAUAAUGUAAUAUAAAAUUUAA